AUGUCGUUCCCUUUGGUCGUUAGUAUCCUUUCCUGUCACUUGCUUUGUCUGAAGUGCGAGCAGCUGCAACAGCAACCGCCUCACGAGGGACUGGAGCAGCCCCCUUUCGCCCAAGCCGUAUUUCUGGACGGCGGGGAGCGUCAGCAGCAGCAGCAGCUGCAGCCGCCACCGCCACCGCCGACGCCGCAGCAGUCGCAGGAUAAUCAGUCGAAGGUUGCGGAACAGCGGGCGCCGCUGCAGCUGCUGAUGGGGCACUACGAAGCGCAAGAGCUGCCGGAUGGGUCACCGGCACGGGAUUACUUGGAUUGGAACGAUGAGCUGGAGCGGCUGCCGUUGCUGCCGCUUUCGCCGCUGCCAGAGCUCUCUCCUCCGGGGGUCCCACCGCCGCUGCAGGAGCACGAGCAGCCGCCGGAGAGCUUUCCAGCGGCGCCGCCGCCGCAGCAAACAACACUUAUGUGGAUUCCGUUUGGAGGUGACUCAGACUCGUACUCGGACGAGGACGAGGAGGGGGACGAGGACGAGGAGGAGGAGGAUGAGGAGGGCACGGGGGAAGGCACGGGGGAUGAGGAGGCGAAAAUGAUGCGUUGUCACGCACGAUAUACAGGACGUAAGUUGCAAGUCACGUGGCAACUGUUUCCGGUAGCUACGACGGAUUUACAACACGUCUUCAUUACGAUGGCGGUGGGGGGCCAGAACACUUCCGAAGCUGGCGAAAGUUUUCCAUUUGGCUCAGCUCGUCAAGCGGUAGAUUUGAAAAUCGAGGUCGGCAAAGAGCUUUCCAAGCGCAGCAGCCGCUGCAGCACUAACUGGCGCCCUUCUUUGGAGCACCCGCGUUUUUCCCAAGCCGUACACAUGAACACGCAGCAGCAUCGGCAGCAGCAGCCGGCGCAGCACGCCGCCACCACCGCCACAGCCGCCCUCGCCGCUGCUCCCGUUGGCGGUGACGUCAGGACACCAACGCAUUAUCACCAUGCAUCUUUGGCAGAACUACCGGAUGAAGCAGCCAGGGAGGUGGCCGCGGUGGUGGCUCGUGAGCUCGACGGCGCGCUCCCGGUGGUGUGUAAGGACCACACGGGUUUGUUUAUGUUGAGGUACAUGCUGGUGGCAUGUGACUGCGACGACUGUCGUACACAGCCCGGAAGCGGCAAGAGGAUUUGCUGGACACCCAUCGGCUUUGAGGAGCAUGCAGGCAUGGGAAGCAGCAAGAAGUGGAAGAAGAGCAUCCGGCUGCUGAGGUUUCGUUGCGGUUCUGCGGCGGAGGCGCUUCCGGCCAGCGGCAGCCGCGGAGGUUGCCAAACUCUUGGCGAGUGGCUGGAGAGGCAUGGCCUGCGGGUGCGGACCAGCAGAUUGCGGCAGCGGGAGAUGGAUGCUGCCGAGGUGGAGCUGUGUAUUCGUGUAAGUGGCUUGCGAUGGACGGAUGAUGAUUAG